AUGGAACGGGAACUCUCACCUAUUACACCUGAUGGAAUUGGGUCUGAGUCGACCCCUAUCAGGAAUAGAAUUGACUCGACAGAGUAUAUUACUGCUCGUGGUGGUGAUGAUGAUGAUGGUGGUGGUGGUGAUGUCACCACAAGCUCUUACAAUCGAUUGGAUGAUGAAGAGACCGAAAAGCAAGAACUUCAAACCAUUCUUGAUACCCACCCGGAUUUGAAUAUCGCUGGAAAGGAAACUCACAAAUUAAACCCCGUCAAUGUUGCUCAUGUCAUGUUUUCACCACGAAGAAAGAAUCGACAGCGUGAGUUGCAAUCGUUUGAGGAUCAGUCUCCUAUAAAAUCGAGGCAAUUGCUGCUGCUGCUACUGCUGCUACUGCUGCUACUGCUGGUGCUGCUGCUGGCACUGCCGUUGCAUCAACAAUAUGCUGAACGUAAUAGUGGCAAUAGUAGAAGAAUAUUUGAUCCAUAUACCCCCUACACCUUGAACUUGUAUCUACAACUAAUUAUCAACUUGAUACUAUGGUCGUUUAUUGUGUAUCUUAUUUACGUCACCAUCACCACAAUUAACUCUGAUAUACAGAUAAAGAUUGAAGAGUUUUCUAUACAAAUCCUAGAGGAAAUAUCAGCUUGUUCUAGGGAAUAUUUGAGGAAUAAAUGCGAUUCUCCAGAUAGACCGCGAGUCAUUGAUCAUGAAUGCAGCUUGUUAGACAAGUGUCGGAACCAAGAUCCAAUGAAAUUUGCAAGACUGAAAAUCUCCAUUGAAUUGAUAGCCGAGAUUAUUAAUGCAUUUUUUGACAAAAUUAGCUACAAGAGCUUGAUUAUUUUGGUGAUAUUGCUUGUAAUAACUAUUGUGUACACAAGCAUAACUCUUAAAAACUACCAGGUGGAAAACAAAGGCACUAAAAACACAGGACACGAAGCAGGAGGUGAUAAAGAGGUGACACUAUCGAGCAGAGAAAAGUUGUCAAAAGGUGAUAAAGAGGUGACACUAUCGAGCAGAGAAAAGUUGUCAAAAGGUGAUAAAGAGGUGACACUAUCGAGUAGAGCGAGAUAG